GCCUCUUUUUUAAGGAGGCGGGUUGUGCCGGUUAUUGUGCUAUAAAAUGCAUAGUGGCACGAUUUCUACAUUUCCCGCCAUGUGAAUGGACAGCAAACAUAUGUUUGGACCCUCUGGCUCACUGAACCUUUCCGCGAACAGCAGGCACAUUAUGUUAACAGCGUGACGGCAGCAUCGGUUUUUCGAGUCUAAACAAACUCCGACACCAGGAUGAAACGACGAACAGACGCCCCUCAGGACCGAUACUACAUGGUGGGACUCAUGUUCUUCAUUCUGGGCCUGGGAACGCUGCUGCCAUGGAAUUUCUUCAUGACAGCUUCACUGUACUUCCAACGUCGACUGGAGACAAAUGAAUCGAGCAACGGGACCGAGGUCGUCCGCAAAGAGUACUACUUCAACAACUGGAUGACUCUGCUGUCUCAGCUGCCUCUGCUGCUAUUUACCCUGCUCAACUCCUUCCUCUACCCGAGGAUAUCGGAGGCGAUACGUAUCGCAGGUAGCCUUGUUUUCAUCCUGCUGCUCUUCAUCCUCACAGCGGUUUUGGUCAAAGUGCCCAUGGAGGAAGACUGCUUCUUCUCGGUCACCAUGGCUACUAUCUGGUUCAUCAACUCGUUUGGUGCCGUGCUGCAGGGCAGUCUGUUCGGUCUUGUGGGGAUGCUGCCUCAGAAGUACAGCAGCAUCUUCAUGAGUGGCCAGGGCCUCGCUGGGACAUUCGCUGCCAUCGCCAUGCUAAUAGCCAUAGGAAGUAAAACGGACCACGAAACGGCAGCUUUGGGUUACUUCAUCACACCGUGUGUGGGGACGUUGCUCACACUCUUCAGCUACUUGGUGCUGCCACGCCUGGGGUUUGCUCAGUAUUAUUUGAAAAAAAGCAGCACGUACGAGGCAGACACCACAGACGAGCUGCUGAAAGAAAGCAGCAUGGUGGAAAAUGGCAAGCUGGCCGGGCAUGUUAACGGAUCGGCAAUCGGCAACUCGGCCAAAGGUAGCAGCGUCGCCGAGGCCGAGCCGAGGUCUGAUGGAACCAAGCAGGCCUUCCUGCCCCUGGAGCAGGUUGAGAGGGGGCAAGCCAAGGCCUCUGUUAUAGAGGUCUUUAAAAAGAUCUGGGUGAUGGCGUUCUGCGUCACCUUCGUUUUCACAGUCACUCUGUCUGUGUUCCCUGCCAUCACCGUAGAUGUGAAAACUACAUCCGAAGGAGAAAACUGGGAGAGCUAUUUUAUUUCGGUGUGCUGCUUCCUCAUUUUCAAUAUUAACGACUGGCUCGGCCGGACCAUCACCACAAAGAUACGCUGGCCCUCUAAAGAGUCCCGUCUCUUCCCGGUGCUGGUGAUCUCCAGAGUCGGGUUCAUCCCUCUGCUGAUGUUCUGUAAUGUCCAGAGCCGCAACUACCUUCCUGUUUUAUUUGAACACGACGCAGCAUUUUCUGUCAUCAUGGUUUUCUUCUCUCUGUCCAGCGGCUACUUCGUCUGCCUGUCCAUGUCCUACGCGCCACAGUUGGUGGAGCCUAAAGACGCAGAGACUGCAGGAGCCCUCAUGACCUUCUUCUUGGCUCUGGGUCUGUCCAUAGGAGCCGCCCUGUCCUUCCCCCUGCGGAAGUUGAUCUAGUUAAACACACACGAAGAGGAAAACGAAUGCCCCCGUCUGGCCGACCUUUCUGUUUUUUCUUUUUCUUUUUUCUUCCUGUUUCCUGCUUGCCUGGAAAUGUGCCCCACAGUGAGACUGGAACAAUCAUGGCUGAAGAACUGCUACUGUUUGGGAAUUGUUAGCUUCACUUCGAAAAGAGAAAGGGAAAUGCUUCAUGUUACUGAAAAGAACUGCUGCUCAUGUUACCUGCUGCUAAUCUGAGAAACAGGUUAGAAACAUUUCCUCCGUGGGAAGUCUUUUUUUUAUUUUUUUCUGAUCACUGUUGUGCAUUUCUACAUUUUGAGGUUUAUUUAUGUUUGAAAGAAAACAAAACAAAAAAAAAACAGUCAAAGUUAUUUCUGGGCAUUACCCUGUGCCAAUAACUUGUAGAUAAAGGGAGACUGAGAUUAAUUUUUACGGCGGUCAGAAAGACUUUUGUAUGAUAUACUGUAGGUCAUUUUUUUUCCACAGCUGAGACUGUGAUAUUUUCCUUUGUAUUGAGGACUUGGCUGAUGAGUUUUUUUUGUUUCCUUCCGUUAUUUCUGUAGUUUCUCUUCUUCAGGCCAGCAACUCCAUAGUUUGAGCUGAUGCUGCCAUCUGCUGGUCAAAAGUUUGAACUGACUUUUUUUUUUUCCUGCUUACAAACCUGAAAAGUUCUAAACAUAGGAAAUACUUAUCUGUAUUGCAAUCAGGAUGUAAAAUGCUACUGAAUGGCAGGGAGGUGGUUUGUUUGUUUGUUUGUUUGUUUUUUCAGGUAAAUGAAUUUUCUGUAGCUGUAACAUAGGAAUCAGAUGUGAUUGUUAGGGAAAUGACGAGAAACUUACUCUUAAUGCUGAUUCGUCAUUUUAUUUGUUACUUUUUACCAAUUUGAACGGUCAGAUAUUGGCCUUUGUAGACGAUUGUGCCAUGCUCCGCUUGCACACUGAUUUUAUAGUACUGCUCUUUGCUCAAAUGUAUCGAAGUGAAGAAAAAAAUUAACAUUAAUGUUACACUUGGGUUACGUGCACUGAAGUGCUCGACAAGUCUCUGUUUUUGUUAUCUUUCUGUAAUUGAAGACUAUAGAACAAUGAUGUGUUGAAAUGUGUGUCGUUUCAAAGUGAGCGAAGGGCCGAGAGCUCAAGCUGGGAGAAAUAUUCACGUUUUGUUUUUUUUAAUUUUUGUUUUUUUACUUGAUUUAUGCUGGAUUUACAUCCGACAGGAAAUGAACCAACACAGGCUGUGUCGUCAUCUUUAAAUAGGAACCUAAAAUAAGGCAACGUUGCGCCAAUGCCACUUCAGCAGGUGUGCGUUGUGUUGCAGUGGAAAGCAAAGAGUGGCAAUCAAGAACAAGAAUGUCUUUACUGUUUUCUAUAAACAAUCUAAACUGACUUGAAGUGAAGGCGUGCGUAUUUCUCUGCUAU